CCCCUCUGAAAUUGCUGAAGCUGUUAUGAGCAGAGUGGAGGGCCAUUUUUUCAGCCUUGCAAAGCUACCUGGUGUUUGAAAUGCUGAAGAGGAAACUACGUUUUUGCCACAACUCAUGCUUCAGGCUGGUUUUGGGUCUAACUCUUAUUUUAGUAAUCAUCUCGGUUUUGAAAGUUAACCAGAAACAAGACUUCUUAAACCGGAGACAUCUAGAGCUGACAGAAGAAGAUCCUAUUAGCAAUGUUAACUGCACCAAGAUUAUAGAGGGCGAUAUAGAAGAAAUUCAAAAAGCAAAGCUUGAGGCAUUGUUGGUGUCGUUUAAGAAGCGCCCCAGACUGACAACAAAUGAUUAUAUUAACAUGACAGCAGACUGUGCCUCCUUCACCAAGACUAGGAAAUACAUUAUGGAACCUCUUAGCCAUGAAGAAGCAGAAUUUCCAAUUGCUUACUCAAUAGUGGUUUAUCACAAAAUCGAGAUGCUUGACAGACUUCUAAGAUCAAUCUACGCCCCUCAGAAUUUUUACUGCAUUCACGUUGACAAAAAGUCUCCAGAAUCUUUUUUUGCUGCUGUAAAGGGAAUAGUCUCAUGCUUUGAUAAUGUCUUUAUUUCCAGCCAGUUAGAGAGUGUUGUGUAUGCUUCAUGGAGCAGGGUGCAGGCAGACAUUAACUGCAUGAAAGAUCUCUACAGAAGAAGUUCUAACUGGAAAUACCUAAUAAACCUCUGUGGCAUGGACUUUCCCAUAAAGACCAACCAGGAAAUCGUAGAGAAAUUAAAAGCCCUUAAAGGUGUAAACAGUCUGGAAAGUGAAAAAAUGCCUAUUUACAAAGAAGUGAGGUGGAAAAAACACCAUGAGAUUAUUGAUGGUAAAAUAAAGAAUACAGGCAUAGACAAACAACUGCCACCUCUCAGUACUCCGAUUUUUUCUGGUAGUGCCUAUUUUGUAGUUGGCAGAAGAUUUGUAGAAUACAUAUUAGAAAACAGCAAAAUACUUAAGUUCAUUGAGUGGGCAAAAGACACCUAUAGCCCUGAUGAGUACCUGUGGGCAACACUUCAGAGAAUCCCCGAAGUACCAGGUGCAGUUCCUUCUAGUAACAAGUACGAUGUUUCUGACAUGAAUGCACUGGCCAGGUUUGUCAAGUGGCAGUAUUUUGAAGGUGACAUGUCCAAAGGUGCACCCUACCCACCAUGCAGUGGAGUUCAUGUUCGCUCUGUCUGUGUUUUUGGGGUAGGAGACCUGAACUGGAUGCUACGAAACCACCACUUAUUUGCUAACAAGUUUGACACUGAUGUUGACCCUUUUGCAGUGAAGUGUUUGGAAGAGUAUUUGCGGCACAAAGCUUUGUACCUGCGAAAGAACUGACCUGCUGCAUGCUCCUGUUACAAAACAUAUACAAACAGCAUACAGAUAUGUACUUUAAACCACCGGUGGUGAUGAGGCUGACAAUGGAUACAGUGGUUCUCACCAUACUGGUAUGCUGGUGACAACGCUCUCCCUGCCUUGUCCACAGACAAGGGGGAGAGAAGACAUGUCUCAAGUGAAGAUGGGGAUACUUUGCAUUGCAUACUGAAGCCUGGAAUUUCAGAUGCAAAACAGAAGACAGCAAUUUUUGAAAGGCUGACUAUUUGGAGUAUUUAUUAACUAAAAGGUGCAAUUGACAAACUUACUUUGGCUAAGCUAUUUGUUUUAAGGCUUGGAAAAUGCAUGUUGUCCGUGGUUACUCCUCAUUUUUUCCUCCAUGUAGAUUAUGCUGACUGGAAAGAAAAGAUCAAGAGGGAUUGGGAGUGGGGAAGGAAUUAAAGCUGCUGAGUACUUUGUACCAAGUACUGAAAGAUCUCAGGAAAACAACAUUAGAAUUGAUCUGAAAACCAUAUGAAAGGGAAUAUGCCGACACCAGCUGUCAUAAUUUAACUUGAAUCUGAUUGCUGUAGUUCUGUAAUGUUCUUAAUCCUUCUGAAAAUUUAAUCAUCAGCAUGGAGUACCAGGGACUUGAGUUUAAUUUUUUGUAGCCUUAUCUUGCUUUUUUAUUCUUAAACUCCCCUGAUAAUGUGACAUAAAGUUUAUACACUAGUUGGUAAUUACAUGUUCUCAGGGAAACUUCAGUUUUGUGCCUGACUAGAAUUACAGUUGUAAUUUCACACUUCUUGCUGUAUCAGGGAUCUUGCUUUUUGAUCCAAAAUGGCUCAAGUUUCUCAGAAACCUUGAAAGAACUGCAAUAGUGUGUAAAUGUCACUGAUGAAAAUGCUGGUUUCUUCUUUCUGUAAAGUUCAGCUUGCAUUCCAUAUUCUUUUAAUGUUGAGCAUGCAAAAGGGAAGUUAGUUUUUUAAAUUGUAUUACCCCCUUCUGCAAUUAAAAUCCUUCUAAAAGCACCACCAAAAAAGCCUAA